GGAGACGUGAGUUCAGACCAAAUUUAUCACAGUGGGUGUUGGUGUCAUAGAAGACGCUGACAUCACAGCGGUAACCGAGAGAGCAGCAGUAGGCGCUAGGACACCCCCGGGGGUUCAGGGAGCAGGGCAGGGGGUCUUCUAUCUCCCUGCAAUGGGCGACUGGAAGACAUACAUCAGUGCCGUACUGCGGGACCAGCGCAUCGAUGACGUGGCAGUGGUGGGGCAUUCGGACAACCGCUGCGUGUGGGCCUCGAGGCCUGGAGGCCUGCUGGCUGCUAUCACCCCUCAGGAGGUGGGCAUACUGACAGGCCCUGACCGCCGCAGCUUUUUGCAGUCUGGGAUCACCUUGGCAGGCCGACGCUGCUGCGUCAUCCGCGACCACCUCCUAGAAGACGGCGAUGGUGUUCUGGACGCCCGGACCAAGGGGCUGGAUGGUCGCUCUGUGUGCGUGGGACUCACGCCAAAGGCCCUGAUCGUGCUCAUGGGCCGACGGGGCGUGCACGGGGGCACACUCAACAAAACUGCUCACCAUCUUAUCAGGAGCCUGCGGUUCCAGGGUAUCUAAGAUGCCAGGAGCCAGCGACGAGAGGCGGGGAAUAAAUAUACAUGUAAUGUAGCCCGAGCCCUGUUCUGGGAAGUGGGACAAAAGGGUGGAUUUGGGGCCACCCAGGGCCUCACUCUCUGGCUGCCCAGAGCGGGUGACCUUCCCCUUUUAGAGGACUGCCUAGAGCAAGUGCUUAUUUAGAAUUGUGGUGCUGGAAGUUAGGGACACUCAUCCUUCUGACCCAGUGAUUAGAGCCAUGGAGAUUCAGGGCAAUCUCACAGCCAAAGCAGGACUCUGAAUGUUUUCAUGCACGACUAGACUCACAGCUGCCUCCAGAACAAAUAAAUGCCAGCGAGUCUGGCAUCAACCCUAGUGCCAUCUUCCCAGAAUAUAGUGGGGUUCUGAAGUCCUGGAAGAUCAGGCCAGUACAGAAAACAAGUAUUGGGAUUAGGGAUUGGAAAAGGCUUCUGAAAGAAGCCUUGUUAUUAAGCACUGUAUGCCAGGCAUAUC